GCUGUAGGAAGAGUGGGCUAUGGCAGACGUAGAACCCAGGAGAGCUAAGAGCCCGCGUCGCGGCCGAGGCCGGGGUCGGGGCCGGGGCCUGGGUCAGCGGCGACCUCAAACCUGGGAGAUCUCCGACUCAGACGGCGAAGGGGCCGCCUCCAGGGAAGUCAGCACGCAAACCUCGAGUACAGUAAGGGAGCACAGGGCGGCGGCUAAGGCUUUACGGGCGGAUCAGGUCCUGAGUCGUCUGGCGGUGUGCGUGGAUCCAGCUGUCCUGGAAUAUGCAGGCUCCGACAUCCUGAUGGAGGCGCUGGGCAAGCUAGGCUGUGAAUGCCGCAUCGAGCCGCAGCACCAGUCCCGCAGCCUGCAGUGGAGCGUUGGGAGGCCCGAUCCAGCCCCCAGCCGUGUGCCUCUGGAGGCGUGGGCUGAAAAUGAGCAGGAACAGUUGCUGCUGCUAGAACCCCAAGAGUUUCUUCAGAGUGCUAUGCAGCUGACCCAGAUCACAGGCCCACCUUGCUCCGUGCCCUGGCUUUCUCCCAACAGCCCGAUCCGCCCCCACCUGGCUGUCAUUGGACUGGAUGCAUACCUGUGGUCUCACCAGCCCAGUUCUCAGAAGACAUGGCAGCUACAGAAGUCAAAGGAAGCCCAUGCCGAGGUGGCCAUCAGUUGGCCCGAGGUGGAGGAGGCCCUGGUGCUGCUUCAGCUCCACGCAAACCUGGAUGUGCUGCUGGUGGCCUCGUGGCGGGAGCUGAGUCAGUACGUGUGUGCCUUCACCAAGGCCCUCUCCCAGCGCCCCUCCAAGUACGUACCCCUGCAGGGACAGUGUGGAGGUGGACAGGGCUGGAGGCACCCAGAUGAAGAGUUCUCAAGGCUUGUGUCAUGGUUCCCCUCCCAUUUCAGGCAGUCCCGGGACUCCUGGGCCUUUUCCUUCUGCACAGCAGGGCACUGGGCCGCAGGCCAGCAAGUGACCAGAGAUGGCUCUGGGCUCCGAGGAGUGUGGUGGCGGCAAAUCAGACAGUUCAACCGGGUCAGCCCGGCUGUGGCGGAUGCUGUUGUCACUGCCUUCCCCUCCCCCCGCCUGCUGCAGCAGGCUCUACUGGACUGCAGCACGGAGCAGGAGCGCCUGAGUCUCCUAGCUGACCUCCCUGUGAAGGUCCAGGCAGGCAGGCAGCCCCGCAGGGUGGGACCGGACAUCUCACGCCGAAUCUGUAUCUUCUUGACUACCACCAACCCCGACCUCCUGCUGGACCUGAGCUCCUGACCACACCUGUGACAUCCUUGGGCUGCCUCCUGACCAUCGGCAGAAUAGGACAAGCCUGCCCAAGAGACUAAGU